AUGCGACAAACCAACACCAACCCAAAGCCGGAUCAAUGAAAACUUUUUUGUUUUGGUCUCGAUCCCAUUCGUUGGUUCAGUGUGGUGCAGUGGCCGACACAUUGAGGGCAAAGUUAUUAAAUUAUCCUGGCGCAGCAGUAAGAAAGAAGAAACCGGUCAGCAGGAAAACAUCAUACUGCAUCAUUUUUGUUCCUGAAUUUGUGGAAAGUGCAUUGCUUCGCUGCUACGCCUGGACUUCGAGUGAUGUAUUAAAGUGCAAGUUUUCUGUAGAGAAAUCGCAACAAAUAAAAUAGGAUGGAUUUUUUACUGCUCCUGGGCGUGGUGGUGGCCAUCUAUGGAGUCCUGUUGUUUUUCGACAACUUUUUCAAAAGUUGCAUGCACUAUCCGUAUGAGGCGUUUCUAAAGGGGACGGGUUUGUCGGUUAAAUUCCUCCGGUUGCAGUGGCACACGACGGCGCUGAACCGAUCCAUCGUCAAAUGGAGCACGGCUUAUCCCAAACUGCUGGAACUGAAUUUCAGCCUAGGCGUUUACCUGUCGAUUUUGCUUAUGCCGCUUGCAUCCCUGUUGAUCGUGGUGUCCGCUUUUCACACCAAGAGUUCCGGCAAACCGAGCACGGAUAGCGCUGCAGGAGCUUCCGGUGCGGUCGCUGAGACGGUUUCACUUGAUCUACUCAUUCCGGGGGUUAAUCUGCCACUAAAUGAGAUCGGAUUCUAUAUUGCGGCACUGGCGAUCAACAGCGUUGUGCAUGAGCUGGGUCACGGAUUGGCUGCUGUCUUGGAGGAUGUUCCAAUCAAGGGUUUCGGAUUCCACGUGAUGUUAAUUAUCCCGAUGGCCUACACACAGCUUGAUUCGGAUCAGUUGAACGCGUUGAAGACUUGGAAGCGGCUGAAAGUGCUCUGUGCCGGAAUUUGGCACAAUCUGCUGUUAGGUGCGUUUGCAUAUUUACUGUUCGUUACGACUCCGGUGAUGCUGUCGGCGAUCUACCGAGUGAAUGAAUCCGUGAUGGUGACCAGCAUUAAGAACAAUUCGCCGCUGUUGGGAGCACGAGGACUGGAAGAGGGAGACAUCAUCACAUCAAUCAACAGCUGCGAAGUCCGAAAUGAGGUAUCCUGGUAUGACUGUCUCCUGGAAUCUCUCCAUUCUCAGCCAUCCUACUGCAUUUCGCCCGACUUUGUCCACCUUAACGACGAAUCCGUUCCCAUCUCGCACAAAAAUGACGGCCUCAUCGAGUGCUGCAGUAUUGAAAAUAAAGCAUCCAACUGCUUCGAAUACAUGGUCGAUGUGAAUGAGGAGGACGUGGCCCUUCCGCAGCACAUGUGUCUCAACAUUCGGAAGGUGAUUGAAAAUUCCUUUGGGUAUUGCCAUCAAAAGCCCAUUUGCUCCGAAGGCCACUGUUUCAAACCGAUGAUCAACAACUUUACGACCAUACUGCAAAUCCGGCGGGACCACAAACCGGACGUUAUCUACAUUGGCCACCCAGCGGACCUGACGCGCACCGUCCGAAUCUCGCAGUUCGUUCCGAAGACAUCGAUUUUCCGGCCGGGUUUCGCCGACGACAUUCAACUGCUGCUCAAAUACGUGACCGUGUUUGCCCUGGGGCUCUCGGUCAUAAAUGUGAUUCCCUGUUUCGGAUUCGACGGGCAGCACAUUGUCAGUACGCUGCUGACGAACGGAUUGGUUGUUAGCCGGGUGCCACAAAAAAGCAAACGGGACGUGAUUGCACUGUGUAUCAACAUCGUUGGGACGCUUUUUGUUUUCAUACUGCUGACCAAGGUCUUUUGGCAGAUGCUGUUCAAGGCCUUGUGGCAGUAGGAGUGAGAUAGAGGAGGGUUAGAGAUGAAUCUGAACUUUGUACAACUGACUGGUUCUACGUUGACGUAGAAUCGCACUUCUAGGUCGUAACAUUGAGAAAUCAUGUGGUGUAGUCAAUAGUGUUUAAGAGACGAUUUACGAGUUAAGGAAAAUCACGAAACGAAGAUGAUAGCAAUAGCCGUUAUGAAUAGUUUAUAGCGAUGACGUAGCCGUGUGUGGAUGUAUGUAUGUACUGAGCAACGAUGUGCAACUUUGUUUGUAGUACUAACUGUACACCGAGUAUUGACAAAAGUGUAGCUAAAUACAAUCACUCUUUUGAAACAUGAAA